GCCACUAAAAACAAAAACACGUCAAACAAAGAGACUUCACCGCCAAAAGUCUCUUCGACAUAUUCCGAAGUUGACGUCAUCGGAGUGAUGGAGUACGAACGGCGGGUCCAGGCGGCGGCCAAAAUCAUCUUGGCGGACGACGCGCAAGGGAAUCACGCGCCGCCGGAUUCCAAGGAACUCGGUGUCACGGCGACGCUGAAGCCUCACCAAGUCGAAGGAGUCUCCUGGCUUAUACGGAGGUAUCUACUCGGCGUCAAUGUCGUUCUUGGAGAUGAGAUGGGACUGGGAAAGACUCUGCAGGCAAUAUCUUUCUUGAGUUAUUUGAAGUUUCGUCAGGGGUUGUCUGGGCCAUUUCUUGUGCUGUGCCCUUUAAGUGUGACUGAUGGGUGGGUAUCGGAGAUCAAUAGGUUUACUCCGAAACUACAAGUUCUUAGGUAUGUCGGGGAUAAGGAUCACCGUCAGACUUUACGUAACUCGAUGUAUGAACAUGUCAAAGAGGCGUCUUCAUCGUCACCUAAGGGAACUUGUUUACCCUUUGAUGUGUUGCUGACAACAUAUGACAUAGCACUGGUGGAUCAGGACUUUCUUUCUCAAAUUCCUUGGCAGUAUGCAAUAAUUGAUGAAGCGCAAAGACUCAAGAAUCCUAACAGUGUUCUGUACAAUGUCUUACUGGAUCGGUUCCUCAUACCACGGCGGCUUUUAAUGACUGGCACACCUAUCCAGAAUAAUCUCACCGAACUCUGGGCUUUGUUGCAUUUCUGCAUGCCUUUGGUUUUUGGGACGCUGGACCAGUUCCUCUUCACAUUCAAAGAGGCUGGAGAGCUUUUAUCAGGUUUCGAGGCAUCGAGGGUUAAGGAGAAGUAUAAGAGUUUAAAGUAUAUCUUAGGUGCCUUCAUGCUCCGGCGUACCAAAUCUUUGCUCAUAGAGUCUGGAAAUCUGGUGCUGCCACCACUAACCGAACUAACAGUGAUGGUUCCACUGGUCAGUUUGCAAAAGAAGGUAUAUACUUCCAUAUUGAGGAAGGAGCUUCCUGGGCUUCUUGCGUUUUCUUGUGGAGCUUCUAGUCAUCAAUCUCUGCAAAAUAUUGUGAUACAGCUAAGAAAAGCAUGUAGCCACCCUUACUUGUUUCCCGGUAUUGAACCAGAACCCUUUGAAGAGGGUGAACACCUUGUUCAGGCAAGUGGGAAACUUUUAGUUCUGGAUCAACUACUUAGGAGGCUCCACGAUUCUGGACACCGUGUCCUCCUAUUUGCUCAAAUGACGUCUACACUUGAUAUUUUGCAGGAUUUUCUGGAGUUACGUAAAUAUUCAUAUGAGCGUCUUGAUGGAUCAAUACGGGCUGAAGAACGUUUUGCUGCCAUAAAGAGCUUCAGCUUGAGAACAGAAAGAGAAUUGGAUUCUGAAGCUGAAGGAAGCCAUGCCUUUGUAUUUAUGAUCUCAACAAGAGCAGGGGGAGUCGGUUUGAAUCUUGUGGCUGCUGACACUGUUAUAUUCUAUGAACAGGAUUGGAACCCACAGGUGGAUAAGCAAGCUUUACAGCGAGCUCAUCGGAUUGGACAAAUCAGUCAUGUGUUGUCCAUAAACCUCGUCAGUGAACAUUCAAUAGAGGAGGUCAUUAUGCGCAGAGCGGAGAGGAAGUUGCAGCUCAGUCAUCAUGUUGUGGGAGACAAUACAUCGGACCUUGAAGAGAAAGAGGAAGAACAUGGUGAUUUGCGGUCUAUAGUUUUUGGUUUACAUAUGUUUGAUCCCGGAGAGAUUGACAAUGAAGAAUCGAGUAACCAGAAAACUUCAGAGAUAAGUUCUCUUGCUGAAAAGGUCGUUGCAAUUCGCCAGGACAUCCAACCUGAUUGGGAAGCAAGAAAGUUUGAGAUCAAUUCGAGUGAUUCAAUAGGAAACAACGUCUUUAAAAAAAGAAGUGAUGCUUCUGUUGUUACUAAUCCCGAGCUUGAUGAAGCUUUGUACCUCGCAUGGGUUGAAAAACUGAAGGCAUCACAGUCAAGUAACAAUGACAAAUUCUUAGAAUUGGGGAAUAGAAAGAGCCAUCCUCCUCCCGAGGAGAGGAAUCUGAGACUUGAGGCUGCAAAGAAGAAAGCAGAAGAGAAGAAGUUGGCCAAGUGGGAAGCUCAUGGGUAUCACUCUUUAUCUGUUGAAGAGCCUCUUUUCCCUGAUGAUGUUGACUCGAGACCAGAGGCAGGCUCUGUUCACUUUGUUUAUGGAGAUUGUACAAACCCGUCAACCGUUUCUCAUGAGCCAGCUAUCAUAUUUAGCUGCCUUGAUGAUUCUGGGAACUGGGGCAGGGGAGGAAUGUUUGAUGCUCUAGCAAGACUUUCCGAUGCUGUGCCUGAUGCAUAUAGCAGGGCAUCUGAAUUCAAAGACCUUCAACUCGGAGAUCUUCACCUCAUUAAAAUCGAUGACAACAAUGACCAAAGGAACUCGUGUAAAAAUCCACCUCUAUGGGUGGCGUUGAGUAUUGCACAGUCAUACAGCCCGAGGCGUAAAAUCCCUCGUAGCAACAUUUCCACUCCAGACCUUGAACGAUGCCUGGCUAAGGCCUCCUUCUCUGCUUCUCGAAAUUCCGCUUCGAUCCACAUGCCCCGGAUCGGAUACCAAGACGCAUCAGAUAGAACGCAGUGGUAUGCAGUGGAACGGCUUCUGCGCAAGUACUCCUCCAUCUUUGGCAUUGACAUAUAUGUAUACUACUACCGUCGAUCUUCAUGAUUCCAUCUUCUUCCUCAGUUGUAAAGCUGUUCCUAAAUGCCAUGCCCAUAUGUAAGUAAGCUCUUUGUAUGUAUGUGUGUAUCUGAGAGAGAGAGAGAGAGAGAGAGAGAGAGAGAGAGAGAGAGAGAGAUCUUCCAGUGUUGUCUUUUCUUUUUAAGGAUAUUUUUUGAUACUGAGUUCUGAUUGUCAGUUUUGAAUUUUCAAGAAUCAAGAUAACCUAUUUUCGUUGGAAAUA